CACGAUAGAGCUCAGAUCUAAGCUACACAACACGGGAAACUAGUCCACGAUUCCAUAAGCAGCUGUUCGGAACCCGCGGCUUCACCGCUUGUGAGCACACAGCCGUCGCCACGUAUCAGCCAUGCGGGAUUUGGAGUUCGGGGAUUCCCCAGUCCCACAAAUGCCGGAGCGGGGCGGCGCAGCGGGCGGCGGUGGCCCCCGGGUGGUGCUGGUGACCGACCUGGACGACGGCAGCGACUCCUCCUCCACGGAGUCCUCCUCCUCCUCGGAGGACGAGUCGCGCUUCCAGGAGUCUGCCCGCAGCUCGGACCUCUCUUCCGAGUUCUGGCAGAUCCAGAAGCUCGUCAAGUACAUGAAGUCAGGAAACCAGACAGCGACGGUUAUCGCACUCUGCUGCCUCAAGGACCACGACCUCACCACCGACGCCAACCAGACGGCCAUAAGAGAUACCGGAGGACUGGAAGUUCUGGUUAACCUGAUUGAAACUGACGACUUCAAGUGCAAGCUUGGCUCCCUUUCCGUCCUGAGCAAAAUCUCCACAAACACAGACGUGAGGCGGUGCGUCACCGACCUAGGAGCUGUACCUCUGCUCGUGAACAUCCUUUCUGAUCAGGCCAAGCACCUGCAGAUCCUGGCCGCGGAGACGAUUUCGAAUGUCGCUAAGGUUAAGAAGGCGAGGAGGAGCGUCCGGCGGUGUGGCGGCAUCCCCAAGCUGGUGGACCUGCUGGACGUGAGCCCGGCGGCGCUGUGCUCGCCGCUGGAGUCGUUGUCGGCCGACGACCAGCAGCAGGUGGAAGUGGCGCGCGCUGGCGCGAAGGCGCUGUGGUCGCUGUCGCAGUCCGUCAAGAACAAGGAGGCUAUGCGCAGGACAGGCUGCGUGCGUCUGCUCGCCAAGCUGCUCAAGUCCUGCCACCAGGACGUCGUCGUGCCCAUCAUGGGCACCAUCCAGCAGUGCGCCUCGGAGAAAAACUAUCAACUAGCAAUCCAAACAGAAGGUAUGAUAAUCGACUUAGUACGGCACCUCUCUGAUGAAAGUAUGGAACUGAAGAAACACUGUGCUUCAGCUAUAUUCAAGUGUGCAGAAGAUGAGAUUACAAGGGACCUAGUACGCCAGAACGGUGGUUUGGACCCAUUGGUGAAACUUGCUCGGGACAGCAAUGUCCACCAAGAUAAACCACUACUGGCUGCUGUGACUGGGGCCAUCUGGAAGUGUUCCAUGAGCCCUGACAACGUACGCCGGUUUGAUGAACUGAGAACUGUAGAGGUCCUGGUUAGUCUACUACAGGAUGAAAGUGAGGAGGUGCUAACAAAUGUUGUCGGAGGGCUCGCCCAGUGUGCAAAAUUUCCUCAUAAUCGAGAAGUUCUGAGAAAUGCCAAAGGUAUUCCUCUGCUAGUGCAGUUACUGAACAGUACUAACCAGUCACUACUGGAGAACGUUGCCCUUGUGCUUGGUGAGUGUGCUAAUGAGAAGGAAUCAAUGGCAAUCAUUGAAGAACUUGAUGGCGUGAGGCUCAUCUGGUCUUUGCUGAAGAAUCCAUCACCUCGGGUGCAAGCAAAUGCUGCUUGGGCAUUAUGUCCAUGCAUCCAUAAUGCUAAGAAUUCUGGAGAAAUGGUGAGAAGUUUUGUUGGUGGUCUGGAGUUGAUUGUGAGCCUACUUCGUUCAAGCGAUAUUAAUGUCCUCGCCUGUGUAUGUGCUGCUCUUUCCAAAAUAGCACUGGAUAAGGAGAAUCUGGCUAUUAUUACAGAUCACGGUGUGGUGCCAAUGUUAGCACAACUGGUUCUAACACAAGAGAACCGUCUUCAAGAACAUCUGGCAGAGGCCAUUGCUAACUGCUGCAGAUGGGGCAACAACUGCCAUGAAUUUGGUCGUCUAGGAUCUAUUACACCACUUGUUGGUUACAUGGCCUCAAAGGAUAAGGCUGUUCAUCGGACCACAGCUUAUGCCCUUCACCAGCUCUCAACUGAUCCAUUUAACUGCAUCACUAUGCACCAAAGUGGAGUUGUGCCGUAUCUCUUGGAGACCAUAGGAUCAAGUGAUGAAAAACUACAGGAAGCUUCUGCUGGAUGCCUAAGCAACAUUAGAAAACUAGCGCUUUCUGCAGAAAAGUUUAAGAACAAUGAAGUUCCAUUUUGA